CCAUCUUCCCAUCUUCCCACGCCCACUCCGUGCAACGCCGAUGCCGAUGAGCGGCGAGGUUUGUUGAGCCUGGCUGAUCAGCAGCAGCGCUGAGUCUUUUUCUGACGAUGGCCAGUAGAUGGACAUGGCGACGCUCGAGCCUUCUACUGGCAUGGCUCAUCGCUCUCCUCUUGCCGCUUCUCCUUGUCCUCAAGUCUUACUGGGCUCCUCUCGAGCAUGUCCGCAGACUCCAGCCAGCGCGCCGACUUCCCAAGCUCAACCAGACAAUCCGAGCUCUGGAAUGGGGCCAAGUGCAGUUUCUCCACACGACCGAUAUCCACGGUCACUUGGCAGCGCAUCACUCCCCUCUCCCACCCUCGACCUCAUUCUCAGCAGACUGGGCGGAUUGGGUCGCCUUCGUUGAGCUGAUGCGCCGCAAAGCCACGGAGGAGGGGAGGGACCUCGUGGUCGUCGACACGGGAGACCUGGUGACCGGGCAUGGCCUUUCAGACGCUACAAAGCCCAAGGGACGAGUGUCAAAUGAGCUGGUGGGCAUGGCAGGCUACGACGUGCUGACGAUUGGGAAUCAUGAGUUGCUUGACGCGGAGGGCUUUGCGGAUCUUCGUGAGCGCUUCGUGCCCCAAUGCAAUGGACGCUACCUCACGAGCAAUGUCGAUUUCUUCGACCCAAAGAAAGGGCAGUGGAGACCAGUAGGGGAAAGAUGGACCUCGUUCCUCCUGCCGGCUACGAGAAGGCGUAUCACGGCACUGGGCCUCGUCUUCGACUUUCAGCCGCCAGUAGGGAACGUCUCUGUUCUUGAACCGGAGCUAACCUUCCGACAGGAGUGGCUCAUCGAGCUGAUGGCAUCCCCUGAGGCGCAGCAAACGGACAUCUGGCUCCUCGCUGGGCACAUGCCGCUGGAUCAUGACGCCGAGGACCACUGGGACGCUGUCGUUGCGGGGCUACGAGCCCAUAUCGGCCCUAAUAAGCCAAUCGUGGCGCUUGGUGGACACACGCACGUGCGAGACUGUAGGCGCUACGAUAAGAACAGCAUGUUGCUCCAGUCGGGUCGAUUUCACGAGACGGCAGGGUGGCUCAGUCUAGACUGGGACGGCGAAGAGCAGCCGACCUUCUCGAGGCGGUACAUCGACUUGAAUCCACUCAACCUGGCGCAUCACCUGGGCAAGCCACUCACGUCCAAGCUGUUCGCGACGCCCAAGGCCAAUGCGAUUCGACGACUGCUGCGCAAUGCCUUUUCGCAUCUCGAGCUGGACAUCGUACACGGUCAUGCUCCGAGGGAUUAUUAUCUGGAGCGAUACCCGGCCAGUGAUACGAGGAGCAUUCUCAAUGCCACGACAAGCGCACUGAAUCACAUCUUUGCGCAGCCUCCGGAACAAGGUAAGCGACUCGUCGUCCUCAACAGCGGGAGUCUACGCAGCGAUCUGCGCGAGGGACCCUUCACAACGGGGGACCAGUACAUCGUGUCGCCCUUUUCGGACUCCUUCUGGGUUGUACCGAGAGUGCCGUGGCGGAUGGCGAGGCUGCUUGUCGAGCACCUCAACGGGGUGGCGACGCCCUCUGGUGGGGCGGAGGAGGUGAUACAUCAUCGAUCCGAAGAGAAUGACGGCAGCAAGCAAGGAGCGCUAGCUGAACCUGGCUACGUGACGCAAGAUCGGUGUGGACCAGGGGGUGAUUGGUCGACCGAUGGCGACGACGCAAUCCAUGCGCCGAUCCCAGUUGUGCCGUUUGAGCCAGCCUACCUGUCCACUGCGACAUUCACGGGCGAGGUCGAAGGGGAGGUCAUUGUCGACGUUAUCACCGUCCGCUACUUGCUGCCUCGCGUCGUGGACGCGCUUCGAGCUCUCGAUCCCGCAUGGUCUUCCGCUCACCACGAACCCUACGUCUACCAUGACGAGCAAGGGCAGGAAUUCAAGACGCGGGAUCUCUGGAAGAGGUACGCCGAACGCUUCUGGAAUGGGCCAGAGGAGGGGCAGCAAAACGACCAAUGGUGGAAGGCAAGGUGGGAUGAGCUUCAGCGCCAGGCCGAAGCGGAGGGACACGAACUGUACGAGGUUGACGAAGGCAUAUAGACAAUAGACGAUUCGUGCGACAUUAAGGGAG